AUGACCAUUUACACGGACGGUUCAGUCUCAAAUGGGCGUGCAGGCGCGGGCUUUGUUUGUAUGGAAACAGGAGUGGAGAGAUCUUUCUCCCUGGGAACGGACUUAUCCGCUGGAAUGGCGGAGGUUUUCGGUUUCCUGCAGGCUCUCAUUUACUUGUCGGAGGUGGAGAUCACAGAUAGCAAUAUCUGUAUUUUAUCAGAUAGCAAAUGCACGCUAAAUUCGGUUGUGGAAGGUAGAACUACCUCCCUGCUGACGAAGGAAGUGAGACGCUACCUGGAGAUUCUUCUUGUCAGCAACUCUUUGACCUUGUUGUGGGUGCCCAGUCAUUCGGGGAUUCUGGGAAAUGAGAUCGCUGACCGACUCAGUAAACUGGGGGCUCAUAGAGAUUUCGUGGGCCCUCAACCCGUGAUUGGAUUACCGAAAGAAUAUUUCGACAUUCAGUUCAAUCACCUUAGGGAUCUUAAACAUGAAAAUUAUUGGAAGGAUGUUUCUGGUUGCCGCUUUACCAAGAAGCUAUAUAAGCAUGGAUGUCCGGAUGUGACUGUCCAGCUUAUGAAAUAUGACAGGACGCAAUUAAGAACUGCCAUUGGCAUUCUUACUGGACACUGUCUGAAUGCCCACUUUAACAGAAUAGGGGUUGAUGUAAACCCUACUUGUAGGUGGUGCUCAGCAGAUACGGAGACGGUUGAACAUGUUCUGUGUACUUGCACCGGUCUCAGGGCAUGUAGACAGGAGGUGUUUGGAACAUCUAAAUUGAAUCUGGGAAGUGUUGCCGAACUUAAGGUAGACACUCUCCUAGCCUUCUGGAAGUUUUUGGAUUGA